CGGGAGGCAGUGGCAGGCAUGCCUCUCCGCCCCGGCUCCGCGCUCAGGUUACGUGUAAGCGGACACCGCGGCAGCGCAAUACGCAGCCCACCUGGAGCCCCGGCGGGCCCAGAACCACCGCCCCCCGUCCCUCCCCCCCCGUCCCCCUCCGGCUGCCGGAGCAGUGCUCGGUCCUGUCCUCACAGGAGCGGGACUGCAGCCGAGCCCAACCCCCCCUCCGCCACACACGGUUUCGUCGGAUUUGUCACAAAAGCUCCACUGCCCCCAGAGCACGAAAAGCUGAGCCGUGCGGCUGACAGGAACUCUACAGCCUACGGGAACCCGUGCUGCUGUUCUGAAGAUAACAGAAAUGUAAGAGCAACAGCAAAUUAUGAAACUCAACCACAGCCUGAAGAAUUUCCCAGUCACCUUGGAGGUGCCACAGGAACAACAGGAAUUUCAGUUGACAUGUCUGAAAAUGAAGCUUCCUUGAAGAAGGAAUUACAUGUUGGUGAUUUUAGUAGACCAGAUAGCAGAGAAUGUCUACCUAAGGCAAAAGUGUCCAGUGUCCUUUUGAAUCAUUUUUCUAAGGGAGAGUUAAUAAACACAUGCCAGUUAAUUGAGUGUGAGACAAUACCAGAGGCAUCCUUUACUGAAAGUAUCGAUGACACUGUGAACAAACCUGAGCCCUCAGGACAUGUCAAAGGCUCUGUAGAGCGUGAAGAAUGGGCAACUGACUUUGAAGAGUACCACUUAGAAAAGCACGCGGAACUAAACACUGGUGAUAAAAAUAAAAAUUCACUAAAUGAAAAUACAUGUGUUUCAAAGAAACCUAUUUCUUCUACUGCUAAGUGUGUGGGCAGACAAAAAAAUUCACAACUGUUGAAUGAGAAUGAAGAUACACACGUAUUUCAAAACAUGAAAGAGCGAGACCUGUUUAAGAAAAGAGUUUCACCUCAUGAGCUCAAAUACAGCCAAAAUCAAGGACCCUACUGCCUUCCUGACUUGUCUCAAGUUGCUUCAGAAGUACAAAAAAGAAGUGACAAUGAUGACCUAGUUCAUACAACUGAAAACACAAAGUCCUUCCCUGGUUUGCUAAGUAAAUCAUUAAUUGUGAACAGCAUUCCAGAAUAUAAGAACUACUUCAAUUCUGCUCAAGUAGAGAAUCAAGAAGUAUGUCCAGAACUGUUGCAACAGCUAGAGAUACUUCCAAAGUCAGAUUUUCCAAAUGCCAGCCUUGCCAUUUACUCAGGAGGCACUGGAACAUCCUCUGAAGUCUUUACAUUACACGCUCCUAUCCCUACAGAAUCUACACUUGGUUUGUCUAAAGCAAGGUUACAAUGUAGAUCAACAGCAUCAGCAUCACCUGAAGCACACUGUCUACAUCCUGCUAAUUUACUGCCAGAGCUAACAUAUGGAGAAAAGAUGUCUCGGAUACUAAAGGAUCAGACAGAUCAACUGACAAAAAAAGUGGAAGACUUCUCUAAGUGUAUGACCCAAGAGACAUUCCUUUCACAAGACAACUGUCUGGCAUUAAAUCAAUUGAAAAGUUUCCUCAAUGCCUUGGAAAGGAAUUACUUAACAGCUAGAGAAAACCAUCGUCAUUUACAAUUGCAGAACUACAAGGACACCUCUAUCAACGUUGGAGAGUUUGAUCCUGAAAGAAAGGUGGAAGGGGAAAUAUUUAGACUUGGCAUGCUACUGGAAGACAUCCAAGAACAAACUGAUGACAGCAAAUGCAUCUUGUCUUCUUUGAUUACUUCCUAUGAAUCUGUCCAGUCAUCAUAUUCUCUUUCUGAGAGCUCAGUAGUUCCAAGCAUUACUGAUCCUCCAGAACAAAGAGGUAUUGAAACUGCAUUUGUUCACAAGAACAACGAGGAAGACCGAAGUCAGACAACAAAUGGAAUUUCACAGACAAAUCCACUUGCUUUGGGGGGCUAUAAGUGCAAUCUUUGUCUUUACAUGUUACAAAAGAGAGCUGAACCAACUUCAAGAAGAGAAACAGAGUCUCUUAGAAAAGGAGGUCUGCCAGCAAACAAGCAUCUAUCCAAGGUAAUGAGAUUCCCUUUGCUUGAAGAAAAAUACACUGCUGAAGGUCUUGCAUCCCAUUGUCAGUGUACAUUAGGUCAAAAAUUUAAUGCAGGUAAAGAAAGUAUGAAAGGAAACACAAACAUCCAGGAAAAGAACACUGCAACAUGUUCACUCUUCAAUCAGAGAAAACCAACUGAUUUAUCAGAUACUAACCUGAGCAGUGAUUCAGAAGACUUCUCAGCCUAUGAUUCUUACAAUGAUUCACAAAGUGAGAAACUUACUAACUGCGAGACUGAAAGUUACAAAAUAUUCAAUACAAGAUUAUGUGGAGAGAGAAAAGGAUUUAGAUGCGGAUGCACUAGAGGAAGCAGAGAUCAGUUUAAACUUGGGAAUUACAAAGAAUCUGUUCCAUCUUGUGCUUUACAUAGAAGUAGAAGUGAUAAUUCUUCCUCUUAUUUACAGAAGAGAAGCUCUACUCAGAAGGCCCAAAAAAAUAAGCAGCCAGGUCAACUUGUAAGCAGACAUUCUGACAGGCAAAACUUGGAGGCUGCCAAAACCUUCUGUGCAAGCCCAAACUACAAAAUUAUCCCUUCAUAUAAAUACUUACCCAGCAAGAAGUCUACCCAAAGCAAAUCUGCAGUCAGCAUCAGAAACAGAAAUGCUGAUGAUUCCAAUGCAAAUAUUUUGAGUUCUACACUGGAUCAUGCCAUACAGACAGCAAACAGUUUGAAGAAAGCUACAGAACGAAUGGUACAAGCAGUUUCAGAAGAUCUAGCUAAAGCUAAAAGAAAACAACUUUAA